CGAGAUAGUGUACACACAAGCAAACUAUACGGAUCCACAACAAUACACGUUGUAGUGAGAUGCGAAGUGAAAGUAUAGUUCAGUCUCAAUAAAUGUCGCAGAAAAAUAUUCAGUUUCUAUGUUGUUGUGUCUAAAUGUAUAUUUUUGUUCGCGAUUAUCUUAACAAAUAUUUAUUUAUUUUAAUUUUUAAACGCCCUAUAAUAAGGAAGAUACAGUACAUGAUUCAGUAAUAAUAUACACAAGGUUGAAAUAAAAGCUUACAAUGCGUUAGAUAAGUAUUAAACAAUUACAAUUAAAAAAAAACCGAAUGAAAUAAGAAUAUAUAAUUAUUAAUUUUUAUGAUGGUUAUAAUGCAAAUUAUUUAUUAGUUUUGAUAGAAAUGUUAUAAUAGUGAAUAAUUGAUACAAUUUAAAAUAAUAACUUAUGGAAUUUCGUAAAAAUGAAGUAAUUGUAUUAUUAUUGCUCUUCAUAAGCACAUUUUCAUUUUGCGUAUUAUUUAAUUAUACAUCUACAUUAGAGGAAACAAAAAUUGUUCAUCCAAAACCUUCAGUUGAUCAUCUGUUAAAUUUAUAUAAUUUUCGAUAUACAAUUAAUAACAACGCCUGUAAUUCGUUAAGACCAAUUCUAGUCCACAGCCACGUUGAACAUUUUAAAAUACGAAGUAUUUUACGGAUUGCAUACCCUCAAUCAAUUCUUGAAAAAUUGGGUUUUCAAUAUAUUUUUAUGGUCGGAACGCCAAGGAGUAGUGAAGUUCAGUCACAAGUAAUAUUAGAGAAUUCUAAAUUUGGAGACAUUGUACAAGGAAACUUUUAUGAAGCUUAUAGGAAUUUAACUUAUAAACAUAUUAUGGCUCUAAAAUGGUUCCAUGAAUACUGUAGUCACUCAACUUACAUGAUCAAAAUCGAUGAUGAUAUUGCAGUAAAUCUUUUCAAAUUAAAUGAUAUCAUGAAAAGUAAGUAUCAAUUAGCGGGCUACAUCGUGAAAUCUAAACCCAUUAGAGACUUUAAUAACAAAUGGUAUAUUAGUAAACAAGAAUUUAAAAGUGAUUAUUACCCUACGUUCCUAUCAGGUUGGUUGUAUAUAGCUAGCCGAGGAACUGUUGCUCAGUUAUUACGAGCUAUAAUACCAGAAAAAUAUUUUUGGAUAGACGAUUUAUUUGUAACAGGUUUUCUUGCUGAGAGGGCGAAGAUACAAAAAACCGAUUUAAGUCAGGAAUUUGAAACUGAUCCAGGUCCAAUAUAUUGUUGUAUAAAAAAAAAACAAAGAUGUGAUUUUUUAGCAGCUCCUACUGGCGAGAAUAAAAACUUACUUAAAGAAUACCCUAAACAAUUAAUAGAAUGUAAAUAUAAAAAUAAAUAUUGCAAUUAUUUUCAAAAGUCCAAGUUUCAUCAUACUUGUUUGGAUAUGUGGAAAAUUAAUAAAGACAAUAGAGGAAGAGGAAUACCCAAAAUAGAAAUUUUACACUAACAUUAAUAAAUUAAUGUACAAGAGUAAAUAUGAUCUAGUGAUAUGCCACAUUAUUUUAUGAAUAAAUUCAUUUUUAUAAUUACCGAAUCAUAACAUUUUCUUGGGAUAUUAUUAAUUUAAUUUACUUUUGAUUUUUAGUGUUAUUAUGUAGAAAUACUAUUUAAUAAUUUAAUGUUUCAAAUAUAAUUAUAAUUAUAUAAAGGAAUAAUAGGAGUUAGAAUCCAUAUGAUGAAGAUAAUUUUAUAAUUAAUAGUAAAUACAAAGUGUUAUU